CUCUUUAAACAGCGUGUCGCCGCCUGCGCAUGCGCAUGCAUCGCAACACUCAACACGAGCAGACAGGGCGGCCCACAGACACAGGCAAAGGCGGGUGCAGACCUCGGAGGGUCCGAGCACGACGACGGCGGGCGACGCACAACAACACCAAACCGUUAACACAGUGAGCGAUGGCAGUGAACGUGUACGCCACGUCUGUGUCCAUCGACAACCUGAGCCGCCAUGACAUGCUGGCGUGGGUCAACGACUCCUUGCACCUCACCUAUACGAAGAUCGAACAGCUCUGCUCGGGGGCGGCGUACUGCCAGUUCAUGGACAUGUUGUUCCCGGGCUGCGUCCUCCUGAAGAAGGUCAAGUUCCAAGCCAAACUGGAACACGAGUUCAUACACAACUUCAAAGUUCUUCAAGCGGCCUUCAAAAGGAUGAGCGUGGACAAGAUCAUCCCGGUGGAAAAGCUGGUCAAGGGGAAGUUCCAGGACAACUUUGAGUUCGUGCAGUGGUUCAAGAAGUUCUUCGACGCCAACUACGACGGCAAGGAGUACGACCCGAUGCUCGCCAGACAGGGGCAGGACGUGACCCCCGCCCCCAACCCAGGACCACAGAGGACGUCUCCAACGGUCCCGAAAAACAUGCCGACGCCGCAGCGGGUCCAACACAACACUCCGGCCAUGAGGAAGAACCCCACUUUGUCCCGAAACGGCGGCAGCGACGCGGAGAUCAUGGAACUAAAUCAACAGUUGAUGGAGUUGAAGUUGACGGUGGACGGCCUGGAGAAGGAGAGAGACUUUUAUUUCAGCAAGCUACGAGACAUCGAACUCAUCUGCCAGGAGCACGAGAACGACAGCAGCCCGGUCCUCAGCAGGAUAAUCGACAUCCUUUACGCCACAGAGGAGGGCUUCGCGCCUCCAGAAGAUGAAGAACUUGACGAGCAAGCCCACCUGGACCAGGAUGAAUACUGAACCCCCUCCUCCUCCUCCUUUUACCCCCUCCUUUUCUUUUCUUUUCUUUUCUUUUCUUUCUACUCUCUGCACGCUAUCACUUACCGAACGCCGCCUCACCACCGCCAUCGUCGUCCAUCCCACGAGCAGUACUGUGACGCCAACAUAUCUCGAAGAUCUCUCAGCAUGAGCCGAGAAGACCGCCAAAAACAGAGUGGGGGGGGGGGGUGUAAAUAAGGAGGAUAUUUGCUAAAUAGUUAUUUAUUUGCCUUUUGGUGCCACACAUCGCAACACUUUUCCAAGGCGCCGAGCAACAACUGCUGCCAUUAGGACACUCCCGGAGUGAUGCUUUUAGUAGUUUAUUUAUUUAAAUUAUUUUUUUUGGGGGGGGGGGUCGACUUCCUAAUCGCAGCUGAGGCCUGACGCCGUGCGGAGGACAUGCAGGGCGCAAUAUUUGAGCAUGCGAAUGUUACACAUUGACUGUGAAUGACGGAGAUUUUGUCCACGCUCUUCUGGCUCGAAUGGGAAAUAAGCAGCGUGGCUCUUUUUUUUUUUUUUUUUUUUAUUUGAAAGUGUUUUAAAAGGUGAGUCUAUACCAAGAAUUGUCAUAAUUGCAGCUUUUAACAUGUUACUUUGGUACAAAAGAGCACACAACAAUCCUGUUUUGGUUUUUUUUUCAUGCAACAAGUGGUCUGCUUUAGGAAUCCGACGUAAAUCCGCCACGCAAGGUUGGAGUUUUCAGUAAAUAAAACGGUUGUGA